CAGCUGUUCCGUGCGUGAAGUUGUUUGUAAACAGAGGAUUCCGCCGACUCGGCACGGGAUUGCGGGCCGUCGCAGAAGCCAGUCAGCCGGCACGACUCUGUAGCAGCGUCACGGCGUGGGCGGACACGGUCGGCGCCUCUUUCCGGUUUGGUUCGCCGUCGGCGACUGACGUGACGCGUUCCCUACCUCUCUUGGUGGUGGGUGAGCCUCGAGUAACGCCGACUCUCUCCCUUUCUUCCCGCCCGCCUGCCUGCAGCAGCACUGAGUAGUUCGUGCGAUGGCCGCCACCGCGGCGCUGGCGCUGGCCGCGGCGCUCCUCGCCCUCUUCGGCCUCUCCCGGGGCUCCCCCCAGGGCGGCCUGCCCAGCCGGGACUUCCCGCCGGGCUUCAUGUUCGGCGCGGCCACCGCCGCCUUCCAGAUAGAGGGCGCCUGGAACCUCAGCGGAAAGGGCGAGAACAUCUGGGACCGGUGGACGCACCAGCACCCCGACUGGGUGGCCGACGGCAGCAACGCAGACGUCGCCUGCGACUCCUUCCACCGCUUCAAGGAGGACGUCCAGGCGCUCGUCGACACCGGGUUUGACUUCUACCGCUUCUCCAUCUCCUGGUCACGAAUUCUGCCGCGCGGCACCGUCGACUACGUCAACGAGGAAGGCCUCUGGUACUACAACCGCCUCCUCACGGAGCUGAUGGCGCACAGGAUAACGCCCGUGGUGACGAUGUUCCACUGGGACCUCCCACAACCGCUGCAGGACCUGGGAGGAUGGCCCAAUCCAGUAAUAGCUGACUACUUCGAGGACUACGCCAGGAUCCUGUUCCGUCAUUUUGGGGACCGGGUGAAGUACUGGAUCACCAUCAACGAGCCCGCCAGCAUCAUCGAGAGCUACGCCAACAGCCGCCUGGGGGCGCCCGGGCUGGAUGACCACGGGGUCGCUGACUACCAGGCCAGCCACACCCUCCUCAAGGCGCACGCCAAGGCCUACCACCUGUACGACAAGUACUUCCGCAAGACGCAGAAAGGUCGUGUAAGCAUUACACUGAACUCAGCAUGGCUUGAGCCUCGAACAAAUUCUCAAGAAGAUAGACAGGCAGCUGAAAGAGCUAGACAGUUUUAUUUUGGAUACUGGGCCCAUCCAAUCUACAGCAAAAUUGGUGACUAUCCUGCUGUAAUGAAGGAGAGAAUCAUGAGAAACAGCCUGGCAGAGGGCCGGUUCAGAUCUCGUCUGCCAGAAUUUUCUCCACAGUGGGUCAAAUUUAUCAGAGGUACAGCAGAUUUCUUCGCAUACAAUCAUUACACAACACGAUAUGCCGCUUCGGGCACUGAAGGAGAAAUUCCAUCUCUUCAAAGAGAUUCAGGAGUUAUUAGAAGCUAUGAUCCCAAAUGGCCUUCAUCUGCAUCAUCCUGGCUCAAGGUUGUGCCCUGGGGUCUGAGGAAGAUGCUGAACUGGAUUAAGAAAGAAUAUGGCAACCUUCCAGUGCUGAUUACAGAAAAUGGUUUCUCUGACCAUGGUGGUCUACACGAUAAAGAUCGCAUCAAUUACUUCGUUAGCUACUUACAAGAACUGCUGAAGGCUAUUUAUAUAGAUAAGUGCAAUGUGUUUGGAUAUACAGCAUGGAGUCUGGUAGACAAUUUUGAAUGGGCAAGAGGAUACACGGAAAAAUUUGGAAUUUACCAAGUCAACUUCACAGAUCCCAAUCUUGCAAGGAUUCCAAAAGACUCUGCUCAAGCCUUACGCAAAAUCAUCAAACAUCGAGCACUUGUACCCAAUUUAUUACAAGGAGAAAUGCCUGAGCCAAGAGUAGUACUUGUUACGUGAUCACGUGGAACAAUGUACAGCAUUAAUAUUAGUAUAACAGCACAAUAAUUGUAAAGUGAUACAGAACAAGUUCCUUGCUCAUCAGUAUAGUAUGGAUUGCUUCAAUAUAAAAAUCUAUUGUGACUUAGUAUUGUACCACACUAGGGAAGAAUUCUAGGAUUAAGGAAGUCACAGAGCAACUGGAUCAUGUUUGCUAUUGAUAAAAUUUAUCACUGUAAAAAAAAGAAAAUGUUUUGAUGUAAUGCAUUUGUUGUGCUUUUAGUAAGUAUAAAUGUAAUAGGAAUGGCACAACUAAAUCACUUGAAAAGUGAGUUCGCAUAUGACAUAGAAUAUAAAUCAAGAGAUUUUGCUGUUAAUGAUUCUGAAAGAAUCUGAAUCAUACUUUGUAAAUAUUUAUUUUGUGCUUAGCUGUAAGUGACUCACAUCAAAACAAGUGAGGCCUGCUGGUCUUCAUGUGCCACUGUUAAAAAGACACCCAGCAGCUUUAUGAAUUUUUUUGUAUAUAUAUUGUUAUGGAGCUUACAAACAGGCAAAACAACAUGUGAAAUGCUCAAAUUUUCUAAAUUACAAGCAUAUUUUUGUAUUGAUGUAUGUAAUAUUACAUGUGUCUUUGUAACUAUUCCA